GUGCUGGAGCUGCAGUGUUGACGUUCUCGACCGUUGAUCGAGCUUCAUUUGAGUCCAUCCCAAGAUGGAAAGAGAAAGUGGAGAAUGAGUGCGGGGACAUUGCCAUGGUCCUGGUGCAGAAUAAGGUGGACCUCCUGGACCAUACUGUGAUCUCCAGAGAAGAAUCGGAGGAUCUCGCAAAUAGGGUUGCACUAAAAUUUUACCGAAUAUGUGUGAAGGAGAACCUAAAUGUGUCGGAAGUGUUUGAAUAUUUGGUGGAAUUGAACUCAAAGAAGGAGCUUCUAGGACGCCAGACACGAUCCCUGAUUAAAAAUGGGUCAAUUGGUCUACCCAAGCUGGCUGCACCAGAUCCGGUGAUCGAGGAUCUGACAAAUGAUGAUGAAGCAAUUACUGAAAAGCCGCUGAAACUGAGGACAAAGGGUAGAAAGAGCUUGCAGGAUCGGAUAGAGUGCUCGAUUCUCUGAGUUCAUCGAAUGUGUCCUACUAUCCGUGCAUGCAUCUGUCUGUGCGCACGUGCAUGGCCGCGGCCCUCAUUUACUAGUAGUUGGUCUCUUUGUACCACACUAGUGUCAUCCCCUCGAGGAAUCAAACUCACGAUCUCGGCCCGCACUCCUUUAGAAAGUGAUACGUUCGCUCUGUUUGCAGCUCAACACAGCACUCAGUCUGGCCUUUGCUGCUUUCCAAAAAGGCUGAUGAUGUCAUGAUGAUGAUGGACUAAUGUGGUGGGCAUCACCUGAAAACUUCAGAAUGUUCCCAGAAAGUUCUUCUUUCCUUGACGUAGGUAUGCGUGGCACAACUCCGUGUGGUUUCAGGUUGAUGUCAGCAAAAAUAAUGAAUGCGCCCCGCUUCU